AUGACUAGCAACGGUAUCUUUCGUGAGUGGAAGUUGGUGGUGUGGAUGUGUGUGGAAGCGGGCGCUGCUGUAAUCCAUGACGUCACCUGGUUCCCAGGUCUGGAUGACUGUCUCCAGCAGUACAUCAAGAGUUUCGAGCGGGAGCAGAUGGGGGGAGAGCAGCUGCUUCACAUCACCCAUCAGGAGCUGGAGGAGCUGGGUGUCACCAGGAUAGGACACCAGGAGCUCAUCCUGGAAGCUGUGGACCUCCUCUGCGCCCUGAACUACGGACUAGAGACAGAGAACCUCCGGACUCUAUCCCACAAACUCAACGCUUCAGCAAAGAACCUCCAAAAUUUCAUCCUCGGCAGACGGAGGGGCGGCCAUUAUGAUGGGCGAGCUUCCCGAAGGCUACCCAACGAUUUUCUCACUUCAGUGGUGGAUCUAAUUGGUGCAGCCAAGAACUUGCUAGCUUGGCUUGACAGGUCUCCGUUUGCCAGUGUGACAGAGUAUUCAUUACUGAAGAACAACAUUGUGCAGCUCUGCCUAGAAUUAACCACCAUUGUACAACAGGACUGCACUGUGUAUGAGACCGAGAAUAAAAUUCUUCACGUGUGUAAGACCUUAGCAGGGAUAUGCGAUCACAUCAUCUCUCUGUCGUCAGACUCUCUGGUCUCUCAGUCUGCCCAUCUGGAGGUGGUCCACCUUACCAGCAUCAUGCCAAACGAAGGCCUGGGGAUGUAUAUAAAAUCAACAUAUGAUGGACUCCAUGUUAUCACCGGAACCACAGAGAAUUCUCCAGCAGAUCAGUGUAAGAAGAUCCAUCCAGGGGAUGAGGUGAUCCAAGUCAACCACCAGACAGUGGUGGGCUGGCAGCUGAAGAACCUGGUGAAUGCUCUAAGAGAGGACCCAUGUGGAGUCAUCCUCACGCUGAAGAAAAGGCCCCAGAACACCCUGAGCUCCACGCCAGCUCUGCUCAGGAACGUCCGCUGGAAACCACUGGGCUUGCAGCCGGUCCCAACCAGCCCCACCAGCACCUCACCUACACCCGGUGGAACUUUGGGCAUGUCCAAAAUGGAUGCACCGAGCAUGCAGGACGUCUAUAUCCUCUCCCCUGUUUCCGGACUCUAUAGCACCAGGGAGGAGAUGGGUCUGAUGUCAUGUGACGACAUCAGCCGCUACAGCGUUAGCUCCCAGUCGGGCUCUAAAGGUUCAGAGGCGGUCAGUUACUACCUGGACCAGGACAGCGGUCAGUACUUCUCCUUGCUGGAAGGAGACGGACCGCCGGGACCUGACUAUGACAGGGGUCGCAAUACGGGGAUUCGUCGGCGAGACAAGACCCCUACCCACGGUGACCUCAGACCCGUUUCCAUGCCUCCCGAAUAUAACUGGAUGGCCGAGGCCAAGGAACCCAGCAUGGGCAAGAGAGGGAGCCGAGAUUCAGACAACUCCCUCCUGCGCUACCUUAGUGACGACAAGAUCCUGGUGAUCGAGGAAGAACCCGAGGGUCCGAGCAGAGAAAGCCGCCGGGAUUCCACCAGACGCUCUCGACGUAAGAGCCGUAAUCCCAGCAGCCCUAGCUUUCCCAUCAGUCCCUCCAUGCUGUCCUCCACCCUGCGCCUAGACCAGCCACCUGAAGCUUUGCCUAGAGGUGCAGACACACUGAGGGCAGACACAACAGACAGGUACUCGGGCUCAGGAAGCUCGGGAGCCGCCUCCAUGAGGAAGUCUUUCCAUUACACCUCCCUAAGAACGAAAACCAAAAAGAGAAGUAAAGGUUCCCUCACUAGUGCCAGUCGAAGGAGAAUCUCCUGUAAGGAUCUCGGCCACGGUGACUGUGAAGGCUGGCUAUGGAAAAAGAAGGACGCUAAAGGCUACUUCACCCAAAAAUGGAGGAAGUACUGGUUUAUCCUCAAAGAGUCUUGUCUCUACUGGUACACCAACCAAAACGAUGAGAAGGCUGAGGGCUUCAUCAGCCUCCCUGAGUUCAGAAUAGACCGAGCCAUAGAGUGCAGACGGAAAUUUGCCUUCAAAGCCUGUCAUCCAAAAAUCAAGAGCUUCUUCUUCGCCACAGAUUGUCUUGAGGAAAUGAACAGGUGGAUGAACCGGCUGGGUCUAGCUGCUAUUGGAUACACACCAGAUGAUAAGGUGCCUCGCCCUGAUGAAGACUAUUGGAGCGAGAGCGAUCAAGACGACGUCGAUGGCUCGAUGACACUCAAACAGGAGGGACCUUCAUCCCUCUGUGAUACUUACCAUCGCACACCAUCGGUUAAUUCUUCUAGCCCGUUCCCGGAGCCUAAGCAUGGUCGGCAUUUCUCCAGCGAGUCCACACACUCCCACUCCUCUGCCGAGGACCAGCGUGGAGACGGCAUGGGCAUGGGCACUGGCACAGGCAGCACCAGUACCCACUCAUCCGGCUGCCGCUCUUCCCAUCGUGAACGUCGCUCCUGGCAGGACCUCAUUGAGACCCCUCUGACCAGCGCAGGGCUGCACUUCCUCCAGACAGCACCGGGGGAGAGUGAGUAUGGCGGCUUAAUGGGGAGCAUGGCUGGAGAAAUGGGGUUCUACGGAGGGCUGGGCAGACAGGGCAUGUCCCCAGAGAGACGCAGGCAGGCCACGCUGCCCGUACGGAGACACCACGCCGCAGAGAGGGACAGAGAACGGGAUGGGCCCUUCCCUCUGGAGCGGGGGCCGUACACACACAGCCACACACACAGACGCUCCCACAAGCAGCGGAGCCAGAGUCUCCCCAGGAACAGGGACCCGAUGCCAGGAAAGCUGCUGCACACCUCUGCUCACAUGGAGGAGAGGAGUGAAGACGAGGAGGCAGAAGAGCAGGCUGCAGAUAUGCUUGAGGGUGAGGAGGAUCUGCGGGAGCUGAGAGUGGAGAGCAGAGAGAGGAGGGUGUCGGAGGGACGGGAGCGGCGAGUGUCGGAGUGCCGCGAGCCCGAGCCGCUGGAUGGGCUAGAGCAGCUCUAUCGGGCCCUGGAGCAAGCCAACGUGACAGCUUUAGGAGACCCUAGACCAUGUAGCAGGCAGGAGCUUCGACGCUGUUUCAUCCAGAGAGCCAGGGACCCCCUGCUCAACGACAGGCUGCACCGGGUCCGUGCCCUCCGUAGCACCUUGAAGGCCAAAGAGUCGGAGCUAGCAGUGAUCUGUUCCCUCCUGGAGGACCCUGGCCUGUGCUCCCAGACCUUCAGAGAAUGGAAGCAGUGGCACGGCGAGCUCUACUCAGACAUCUGCCAGCUCAGCCCCGGCACCAACGGCCAGGAUGACCUCUCCCCGCUGGCCGCGCCUCUCAUGACCCACACACACUCCUUCAUCGAGACCCACGUGGUCUACGUGUCAUCGGCCUCAUUACCAUUGCUGUUCAAAUAUCAGGUAAAAGCAUUUGCCGUCUCAUUUUCUAAAGAUUUGUGUACAGUCUACAAAUAUAUUUAAACAUAGAAGACUAUAUAAAAUCUAUUUACGUUUUGUGUCAUAGAUAUAAUGUAAAGUAUGAUGUAUUCUAUGCCAAGGUUCUGCAGUGUCCCCCUCUUCACUCUGUAGAUGCAGGGUGUUUAGCAGUCGAACAAAUAGGAGGCGACCGACAGCCGUCGCUGAUGGUCUUUACUGGUUUACAUCACGGCUGACCAUUCUCUGGGUGGUGCGUUGCAUGAGACAGAGGCCUGGGACUGAUUUGAAUGGACAGGGUAAAAUACUGUGGAUCAUUUGUGUUCCUUUUUUUUGUUCCUUCUCACAAUUGCAAGAUAAUUAGACUCGUAGCGCAAGAUAGAUGCAAAAGUACCGUUGAAGGAUGACUUUUUCUUUAUGUGCUCGUAGCUUUCAAGUCUUUGCUUUUCAUUCUGCAGUGUUUAAAGACACGUACUGUACCAUGAGAAUUAAGGGAGGUUUUUCCUCCUCCUUUAGCAUCCAAGCACCAGGUUAUAAUUUGAUGUUUGGCUUACAUAGAAGACCGACCUGUAUCCUAAAGAAGCUUCUGACACCUUACUCCAAGUGGCAUCACUGCAGUUGCUUCCAAAGUGAAAGCUAAUUUGACAUUCCCUCUAAGCAUAUGGUUGAUACUGGGCAGUCAUAACCUCUGCACUAAACGGUCUGUAAUGUCUGUGAAACCGGGAUGAAUCAUUUCAUCCGCAAUAUCAGGCCAAGGACUCAACGGUGCCCCCCAGUGUCGAGGACUCCGAGAGACACGUGUAGCACCUGCUGCAUCCAGCACUGUCUGUACUUAAGUCUUCAUAUUUUACUGUUCUUCUUCAUGAGUUUUCAUCAUGUCACACUGUAGUGAAAUAUCAACGUGCCCCAGAGAUAUAGCUCAUGUUAUUUGCCUGUUUUUUGUUUGUUUUUGUUUUUUUGCUAGUUUGUUUUUUAAUGAUUAAUUUGAGUAACACAAAGAAACUCAAUGAUGCAAGCACUUUCCCUGUGCCUCCCAAUCCUCUCUUUGGCAACGAAAGGACUGACUAUUUCCGCACACAGGCACGCACACACACACACAGACACACACACGCAGCUGUAGAAGAGUUACAAUACAGUUUUAGUCUGCAGACCUCUCUCUGUUUGUCAUCUGUAGUGUUGGUCUUCUUUCUCCAACCGCUGCUCUGCCGAGCAGGUGACAUACUGUAGAUUAAAGGAGUUCUGAGAGUUUUCAUUUGUAGGCACCGACUGUGUUAUUCCUCCCGAAUCUUUUUGUGUGUGUAAACCUGCAGAAACAGGCCGAAAAGGGAGAUUCCACUGUGUGUUCUUUCAGGGGUGUACACCUCAUGGUACAUUGCACAGGUGUGUAAGAUGUAAGUUGCACUGCGACAUUAAAAAAAAGGAACAUAUUGCUCUUUUUCAAGGAUAAUAUUAGCUUACUGUUAUUCUGUACAUUAAAAUGACUAAAGAUGAUAUUAAAAAAGAAAGAAAAUUACAUUUAUUCUUCCUAAAGUAGCCUUUUUUGGUUUCAUAUAUAUGAAUAUAUAUUACAGAAAAUACAGAUUGUAAACCUAAGUUGUUAAACUUUGACUUCAA